AUGUCAAACAUUUUUGAAAUUAUUGAUAAUCUUAGAUUCUUAAAAGAAGAAUCAAAUAAGCUUCAAGUUUAUUUUAUUAUACAUAGAGAAGAGAGAACAUUAUUAUAUUCUGCACUUACAAAUCUCUGCAAAACAGAUAAAAAUAGACUACAUUUUUUAAAAGAAUUCUUGACAAUCAUAACUACUG